UCCACCUCCCACCCGGCGGGGCUCCGGAGAGGCGCCGCUUGCUCGUCCCUGGAGCCGCCCAGCUGCCGCCGCCUCCGCCCUCCGCUCGCGGUGAGCCCGUCAGUCCCCGCACCGUGCGCUCCUCCGUCUGGGCCAUGGAUGGUGUUGUUACAGAUCUUAUAGCAGUCGGUUUAAAGCGGGGAUCUGAUGAGCUUCUUUCUUCUGGUGUCAUUAACGGACCUUUUACCAUGAACAAUUCUACUCCUACAGGUGUGUAUGCUAAUGGGAAUGACAACAAGAAAUUUAAAGGAGAUAGACCUCCCUGUUCGCCUUCCCGUGUUCUCCAUCUUCGCAAAAUUCCAAGUGAUGUCACCGAAGCAGAGGUCAUAUCAUUAGGUCUACCAUUUGGCAAAGUUACUAAUCUUUUGAUGUUGAAAGGAAAAAGCCAGGCUUUCUUAGAAAUGGCUUCUGAGGAAGCUGCUGUUACUAUGGUGAAUUAUUACACUCCUGUUACUCCUCACCUUCGAAGCCAGCCUGUUUUUAUUCAGUAUUCCAACCACAGAGAACUUAAGACUGACAAUCUACCUAAUCAAGCUAGAGCCCAAGCUGCACUGCAGGCUGUCAGUGCUGUCCCGUCGGGAAGUCUGGCCCUUCCUGGAGCUCCUACCAAUGAAGGCACAAUCCUACCUGGGCAGAGCCCUGUGCUCCGAAUAAUUAUUGAAAACCUCUUUUACCCUGUUACUCUGGAAGUUCUUCAUCAGAUAUUUUCCAAAUUUGGCACCGUCUUGAAGAUUAUCACCUUUACAAAGAAUAAUCAGUUUCAAGCCUUGCUUCAGUAUGCUGACCCAGUGAAUGCACAUUAUGCCAAAAUGGCUCUGGAUGGCCAGAAUAUCUAUAAUGCAUGCUGCACUCUGCGUAUUGACUUCUCCAAGCUCACCAGCCUUAAUGUGAAAUAUAAUAAUGACAAAAGCAGAGACUUCACUCGUUUAGACCUUCCUACUGGUGAUGGACAGCCAUCCCUUGAACCCCCUAUGGCUGCUGCUUUUGGUGCACCAGGUAUAAUUUCUUCACCCUAUGCAGGGGCUGCUGGAUUCGCCCCAGCCAUUGGAUUUCAUCAAGCUACAGGAUUAUCAGUCCCAGCUGUUCCUGGAGCUCUGGGCCCUCUCACAAUCACAUCCUCUGCUGUCACUGGAAGAAUGGCCAUUCCUGGGGCUGGUGCUUUACCAGGAAAUUCUGUUCUGCUUGUCACCAAUCUCAAUCCUGAUCUUAUCACACCACAUGGGCUUUUUAUCCUGUUUGGAGUAUAUGGUGAUGUACAUCGAGUGAAGAUUAUGUUUAAUAAGAAAGAAAAUGCCUUGGUUCAGAUGGCAGAUGCGAGUCAAGCUCAGCUAGCAAUGAACCACCUAAGUGGACAGAGACUUUAUGGAAAAGUACUUCGUGCUACACUGUCCAAACAUCAGGCAGUUCAGCUUCCUCGAGAGGGACAAGAAGACCAAGGUCUGACCAAGGAUUUUAGCAAUAGUCCUUUGCAUCGCUUUAAAAAACCUGGCUCUAAAAACUUCCAGAAUAUCUUUCCACCAUCAGCUACUCUGCAUCUUUCCAACAUUCCCCCUUCUGUUACAGUGGAUGAUCUGAAGAACCUUUUCACAGAAGCGGGAUGUUCAGUGAAGGCUUUUAAAUUCUUUCAGAAAGAUCGCAAAAUGGCACUCAUUCAGUUGGGAUCUGUGGAAGAAGCAAUCCAGGCCCUCAUUGAGCUUCAUAACCAUGACCUUGGAGAAAAUCACCACCUCAGAGUUUCCUUCUCAAAAUCUACAAUCUGAUUUUUCUGUGAAUUUUUCUCCUAAGAUUGGACCAUAAUUUCAGUAAAACCUUCAGACAUAGACUGAAGCAGCUCAAGACCAAUUCUGCCUCUUUCACAAAAGUAACUCUGGUUUGAUAUUCAAGUAUAUUCAGAAAAUCAAGGGAUGUUCUUUUUUUCCAUUUUUCCCCCUUGCCAGUAUGUGAUCAAAGGUUUGUUUUUCCUUUGUACCAUAGUUUCUAUGAAAAUAACCUUUAGGAAAAAAAAAAUCAGGAAAGGAAUUUUUUUUCAAUAAUUUAAUUCCCUGUAUUAAAUUGGAUUUCAAGAGGACAGACUUUCUUUUAGUUUGGGUCCAGAUCAGCCUUAUACAACAUUUCUAAAAUCCUUUGUACUUUGGAAAAAUUUAAACAUAUAGACUUUAAAAAAAAAAAAAACAAGUUUUUAACUUGAUGUUUCAGAAGUUCAACCCCUAUAGGAAAUUAUGUUCACUUAUAAAUUACAUUAUUUGGCAUAUAUUAAUAGGUAUACAUAAACAGAUUGGGUUGUAUUGGAAGAAAAUUUAUAAACUUGCAUGUUUUCCUUCAAUGGUUUCUUUUUUUCCACUGUAAGACACUCCUUAGACUAGUACACACCUUCAAUUUUUUAAGACUCUUUGGAGAAAUGAAGUGUCUCAGUUGUCCCCAAGGAAAUUAAAUAGAAUCCAAGAUCUAUUAAGGUGUCAAAUUCAUUAUUAGUUUUAUUAGGAAAAAUCAUGGUUUAAAUUUCAAAAUGACACUAUUUGCUGAGUAAUAUGAUCUUGGAAAAUUUAAGAAGAAAAGUAAUCUACUUACAACUACUUUUUUUAUAAUUGUUUUCAGAAAAAAAGUUUACAGUCUUAAGGAAAAUAUUCAGGUCUAUCAUAUGGUUUGACAGAUUUUUUAAAAGUUAUUUUUGGUAAGGUCUUCUUUUAGAAAAAAAUUAAUCUCAAGGGUUUUUUGUACCACUAUAAUCUCUAAUACUUAUUCAGAAUUACUGUGUAUUUACUUAAUUUCUUAUUAUGUGCCUUAUUAUGUGCUUAUGAUACAAUAGGUUAGAAUUUUAUCUAAGUAUCUUGAAAGCUAUAUCGUGGGCUUGGUGAGCAUUUUGUUUUUUCUUUCCCUGUUUUGGUAAGGAUUUUAAAGUUUUUUCAUUGCAAUUUUAAGUGGUUUUCAAUAAGUAAUAGUUUUUAUUCAAAUUUUUGGUGCUUUGGUGCAGAGAUGGGGUGGGGAAGGGUGAAUGGUUUGGGGACUAUCUCAGUGCACACCUGUAGGCCUCUUCACAUCGUGACCAAUAAUGGUCAUGCAGUCAUUGACAGAGCGUACCAGUUUGGGACUAUAAAAUGCAAUCUCAGUUUCUGGAUCUUGUCUAACCUUUAUCACUCAUUAGAAUUUGUCUCAGGAUUACUUGGUUUUUCUCAGUACUCAAGUGACAUGCUUUUCUUUGUUAAUGUAACAUCAUUACUGAGUGCCCACAUACAUGGAGUAUGACAAGGUGGGCUCCUUUUUCAAUACUCUGUCCCUCUCUAUAGUUGAGUGUAAGAAUAUGUUUUAAUGUUGCUUCAGUGAUUCUAUAAUGUAAAAUUCUUUCUUUUUAAUGAGAAACUUUGCAUUUGUUAAUUAUUUUUUUCAGUGCUUGAUCCGAUUUUUUUAAAAUCAGAAUUUGUCAAGGGGGUCAUUUUUGUCCAUCCCUUUUACAGUUUUCAGAUCCUCAGAGUAGCUCAUCUCACCUUUAAAAACAAUAUCUCAAUUUCUUUCCUAUAUUCCAGCCAUUAGUUUGAAUGUUGGAAGAUUUUCACAAAAAAUUGGGAGACUACAGAAGAUACUGUAGGUUCUUAAAAAGCAGAAUUCACUCAACUCUGAGCAACAGGUAGUUGGUAGAUAGAAUAGGAAGGAGGACACUAAAUUUAGAAACCUUUCAGAUGACUCCAUUUUAGCAUUGACUGAAUAGAUAGGUAUAAUCAUUUAUAUAGUUUUUAUUUUUUUUCACUUAAUGUGUUUUUACUAAAACACUUGAGUAAGGGGGGAGGAAAAAAAAUUUUUUUUUUUUGGGAGAGAAAUCUCCCAAAAUUUGCUUCUUUUUUCCUAACAUACAGGCACUAUUAUAAUUGUCAGUGACACAUUAAAUUGGAUUAUUUUGUUCGCUUUGAGUUAGGAAUUACUGUGUGAUUUAAUUCAUGAUUCUCAUAACAUUCAGUGUCAAUGUAGCAGAAGGGAGAUCAUAAUAGCAUUGAAUGUAAUUUUGAAGUAGGGAAUGGCCUUUAAAUCUGAGAGAGAACAUUUGAAUCCUUUUUUUUUUUUAUUCUUAUGUUAAUCCCCAACAUUUGAAUCCUUUUCAGGGAGGGUGUGUGUGUGUGUGUGUGUGUGUGUGUGUGUGUGUGUGUGUGUAGAUAAAUAUAUAUACAUACAUGCACUCUUCUAAUGUUGUACAUACAUAUGCACAGUACAUACAUUUUAAUUUAUUGACAAAAUCAAAUUAAGAUUUGGAAAAGUGAGAUAUUCUUAUCUAAAAUAUUAUGCUUGAAAUCAUCAAUUUGUGUCUGAAAUUAGCUGUAGUGCAUGGAUAUUGUCCAUAUUGGGUUAUUUGCUGUUUGAAUUAUAGAGGUCUACAGUAUUUGUUUUGGCAUAGUUUCUGUAAAAAGAUUUAAAAAUAUCAGGGUAGUGGAAAAACUAGAUCUUUGUACUUUUGUUUUGGCAUGCAUUUAUUCAGUGUCUUCUGAACAAUGUUUGUUUUCGCUGUUGAGCUGUCAUAGUAUCCUAUUUUUAAGUUUAUUUACUUUAUUUUAAGGAGUAUUGUCUUAUCACUUUUUGGAAAUGUCUUGACUUUUACACAAAGUAUAUAUAUUCAGGUCUUCAAAAAAUAGCAGUACACGUUCAGCAGUAGCAAUUUAUGCCAAAAAGUUUUACUUUGAGAUUUAAAUAACUUGCAUAGCAGUAAAAUGUGUUUUGUGUGAGAUAAAAACAGAAAAAUGACCCAGUAUCUUAAUAUCUUAAUUGAUAACUUACUGGAGAGUAUCAGAAUUCCCAAUAGCUCCUAUAGAAUGACAUAAAUCGUUUAAGAUUGGUAAUCAUUUAUUUUUAGUAAUGUUUCUGAUUCUAUUGUUAAAAGUUACAGAUCUCACAAUUUUUAGAGACAGAAUUUCUGCCUGCUUAAUUCCUUAUGGGAGCAAUGCCUUCUUUGGCUCCUCCUAGGAUGGUGAUCAUUGGUUCUACUUCAGAUGAUAAAAAGUUAACUCUCAUAAAUGUCUCUGUUCAUUUUCAUACAAACAUUUCAAAGCUGCUAUGUCAUUAGGCAGUGAAAUUUAUAUAGUGAAUAUAUUAUCAUGUAAUUUCUGUUCCCACUAAAUAUUUUUGGACAAAAGAUGACAAACUCAAAAGUAUGUGUCCGUCCCCUCCCCGCCCAGUGACUCACUUAAAAACCCUACAUUUGCCAAACUAUCAGUCUGUCUCUUCAAAAACCAAUGUGUACUGCUAUUUUUAAAACCAAAAAGACAGCAUGACUAUGCGUAAAAGCAUUUUUCUUAGCCUUUCCUUUGUCUUGAUCAGUUGUUAACAAGAAUAAAACUGCCAGACUUAAGAUAUUCUAUUGUGCUAAAAGAAAUACAGUUUAGAUUGCACAAAAGUUUUCCUUUAAAGAAAAUAGAACUCAGCUGUCCUUCAAAAGAGCUGUGUUGUUAUCUAUAAGACUAUUUGCAGUCUUUUUUCACAGCAAAUUCUAAAAGUUAGUUAUGAAUGGUUUAAAAAGUAGAAAAUUACUAAAAAGUUUGGGGGGUUUUAUAAAGGGAGGAAAACAAAACAGGACCAAAGUUUAUGUGCCUUCUUCAGUAGUCUUAAUUGACCUUUUCUUCCUAUUUGAGACUAAGGUAGUAUCAGUAUUCUGGUUUUCAGGAAAUAUGUACUAUAUAAUUUUAAAAGAAUGUUAUCCCACGGACUAUUCAUACAAGCAAAGAAUUGUAACUGUAUAAAUGAAGUCUCAGUUACAGUUUGCCUUUAUCACAUAAUAUUCAUUCUACAGCAUUUUGCAGGUCCAAGAAUGAGCUGCUCUACAUCUUUGUGGUAGUCAUUUUAGUUUUUGUAACCUGAGGCAUAUGUUCCAGAGAACAGGGAUAUUUGUCUGGUCCAGUGACCUUGGUGAUGAUAGUCAUGAUUGAAAGCUGCUUAUAGCAAGCUCAAGUCAGCACUGUAAACAGAUUUUGUUGUGUUAAUUUUCAGUUUUUGAACCUACGUAGUAGUUGUAUUAACAGAUAUUUAAAUAGAUAUUUUUGAUGUCAUUUAAAAAAAACAAUAUGCUCUGGCCUUUCCCCCCCCUUACCAUUGUUACCCAGAUCUUUUAAAAAUUCAUCCCACAUCCAAAAAGUACUAAUUAUAGAUUGCUGACCAAGCAAAGUUUUGCAUCAAAAUGUCACCUCAUUGCUCUGACCAAAGACUUACUGUUCUGGUUUUAACUCCUCUCAUUAAGCAUUUUUUCCCAAGCUCCUUUCUGAAAGAAGACCCAGUGCAAAGCGGCCUUUACUUUCUAUUUCCUAUUGGUGAAUAGACUACUUAGAGAAAAUGGGAGUAUAAAUGUGAACAGAACGGAUUAGGAUGACAAGGGUUUGAUGGGCAUUUUCAGUACUGUAUUUAAGAAAAACAAAAAUAGCACAGCUAGGAGCCUCUGACAUUGUCUUGUGUUUUAUGUGGUCUGUUCAUAAAAUUCCCUUUUUCAGUUUGUAAGAAUGUUCAUCUAAAAGUAGAAAAUGCUGUAAAUAUUUGUAACAACAUUUUUUUUAACCAGGCCAAAAAAGGAAAAAAAAAAAGGUUUUUGGGAACAAGUUAACAUAUAAAGUGGUUUUAUAUAAAACAUCAAUUGUCUUGUAUAUUUUGAUAAGCAGCAGUACCAGCUUUCAUUUGUAACACAGUUUGUGGUGUUGGAAGAAAAGGAUUCUGUGAUUGUUUAAGUGAAUUAUGUUAUAAAUGCAAAGAGAAGAUAAAAUAUUAAAAAACAUAUUUUCUAAA